CGUCCACAGAAUCCGGACGCGGCCGGUAGACACCGGCCUUCUACCGGCGGCGCCCACAAAAAGCCUGCGCGAGAGGCUCGCCGCGAGAUACGAUAUAUGAGAACUGGGCCCAGCGGCGCCUGCGUAGGGCGCUCGACGCGGGCAAGCGUGCUGUAAGAAUACGCGCGGCAACGGCAAGUUGCGUGUUUUUAUCUGUCGCACGAAGACGGCCUCGCCGCAUCAGUUCCCAGAAGCUCAUGUGGACGAUCAACCUCGAGCCGGAGGCGCCCCGGACCCGACUCGUGCUCUCGCCGUGCCCGUAUUGCCAAGAGCAGUUUGGCACGGCGUCGCUCCCGAUCCACGUCAAGCGGUGCCGGGCGCUGUACGUGGCACCGACGCCCGAGGUGCCCGAGGUCGUGCAGGCCAAGUCCCGGUCGAUCCCGUCGCUUCAAGCCAUGUGUACGCAAAUGAUCUUGGGCAACCUCCACAUCACAUGCUUUAGCGGCCUCUUCACGCAGCCCGCCCACCAAGCGGCCCUCAUCGCGAGUCUGCCCGAGACCGUGUUGCAGCAGAUCCUCAUGCACAUUGUGUACGAGCACCAAAACCGCACCAAGCGCUACGAGAAGCACAAGGCCAAGCUCCGGCUCGUCAAAGACAACUGCGCAGCGCUGGAGGCCACGUGCGCGCAGGUGCACGGCUUGCGUAAGGAGGUCGACCGACUCCAGCGGGUCAUCGAGGCGCGCGACGCGCAACAUGCCAAGACGCGGACCGCUGCCUCGGAGCUCCGCGCCGAAGUACAGCGCCUGCAGCAAGAGAACGCCCGCGUCGCCAAAAUCAACCAACAGCAGCAGGUGCAGCUACAGCGAAAGGCGUGUCUGAAGCCACCGACGACGACGAGUACGGCGAGAGAUCGCGCGAAACCAGCAGUGCGGCAAACGACCGCAAGAGCGCCGGUCGUCAAGCCACCGCCGCGUCGGUCGGGCUCGGGCAUUCCGUACCCGAGCUCGCUGCCAUCCCGCUACGCCAAAGACCUUGAUGACGCGACGCGCGGUCUGUGCCAUAUAAAGUUGAUUUAAAGGCAGGCCGCUUAGUCCUUCUUCUCGUC